AUGGCUUCCCGCAAUGAAUUCUUUGACCCAUUUGUUUACGAGGAAAUCCACCAGGGUGACUCUAACGAGCCGGAGCUGGGGUCGCCUGAGUACGACUUCUACACUCCUUCGAAUGGCCUCCAGGGUGCCCCCGGCGACGUUGCUCGACGCGUUCCAGCGGCGCCGUGGGAGAUCCCUAUUACCUUCUCUAAGGGUGUUGAAGCUUGCUACCUCAACAAAGGCGAGAAGACGACGUAUUGGCUCUCGCUCGAUAAGGAAAAUGGCCGAAUCCGCUAUGGCAAGUAUUACACCAACGCCAAGCUCACUCUCGCUGAAGUUUCGCUCAAGACCAGGGACGACAAGGGCGUUCUCGUUUGGAAAGAGCCCGAGACGUACAACUGGUUGGAACGCUUGAAGCCGUUCAGCGUCACGCUAGAUAAAGGUGCUACCAAACCUGAAAUUGUGGUGCAGCCGGUCGCCGUCGUGAUGGGACGAUCCCCGUUUGUUGUGUCUAGCGACAAGAUCAGCCUUGUGGACCUUGAGCGCGGCGCCGGAACGGUCCCUGCAAACCUUCCGCUAGGGUGUCAGACGCUCUACGGUAACGUUGCCGGCGCGAUUGAGCGGAGCUGCAGAAACCCCGACGGCUGGUGCUACAAGAAGCUGGUGGAGAAAGCCGUGCCGCACGAGGGCGUGUCGGGGCAAAACUUUGCUCAUAAGAAGCCGGACAUGACAUAUCUUCGCAUUACUAUUGGGGAAAACCAGGUACUUCACGGAGAGAUUGAGGCCACCUACUACGAUUCUCUCAACAAGCAGAACGUUAUCGGUACCGCCAAGUUCCCGAAGGGCGGCAUCACUUGGAUUGGGCCGCAGGAUUUCCAAAUCCACAAGCUUCACAAUAAAUCGCCUCGAGUAUGCUGCACAAUCCAGUGCUACAGGUAUGAGAAGCGUGACAAGGUUCACUACGAGUAUUUCAACUUUGCCGAUGAUAACCUCCAAUCCAAACCCUUUACGCCCAACAGCGACAUGUCAUUUUUGGAUUUCAGACAAGUCAUGAUGAGGGAAUGGGAAGAAGAAUGUAGGAAGGUGGGGAAUGAGUAG